CGGGUAGUUUUAGUGGCGGAUAUUUUAACUGUCGGAUUUACUUAAGCAAUUGAAAUAAUGUCUUUAAAAACGAAGACAGCGCCUGACUUAUUGCGACAUGGAGCUAUAGCUGAGCCAAAUGCAAUCAAGAAAUUGAGAGUGACGGAACAGCAGCAAAGACUACGCCAGUCGUUUUUCACCAACAUUUUACUGUUAGGCUUUGAUCGAGAAGCUCAAGAAAAGAAAGAUCAUAUACAAUAUAAUGAAAAUAUGUUUGCUGUACCCAACAACAAAGGGGCCCUCCCUAUCCUUUAUUUUCUAAUGGAGAAGCUUGAUCCUGAAGAAGCUAAAACAAGAUUUAGAUUUUCACCUAUUAUGGCGGGAUUUCGAACAUAG